AAAUGGUACUACGUUACUGUGAAUCACCUUCGGUCGGCACCUGCUGUACGUACAACAUGGAGACGCGCAUGGCGCUGCAAUCGCGCAUCCAGCUGGAGAGGCAAUCCAAGGAUCAGAUAACGAAAAUGUCGAAUGCACUGACGGCGAAAGCACAAAAAUUUAAUUCCAUCUUCCGUAAAUUAUUGAGCGAAUCCAAGGAGGAGUUCCACAAUAUGUUCACACGCACUUAUGGCGUCAUCUAUCAGCAAAAUUCCUAUGUUUUCUCCGAUUUAUUUAAUGAAUUGGAAAAUUACUAUACACGUGGACGCACCGAUUUGCUGGAUGUGAUGGAUAAAUUCUUCAAUACACUCUACCAGAAAAUGUUCCAGGUGCUGAAUGGGCAGUAUUCGUUUGAUGAGAA